GAGAGCCAAACAAAACAGACUGGUAUGGAGAACAGAAAGAGGAGGAUAAGAAGGGGAAUAAAAUCAGGUGGAGUAAGGGUAAGGCAGUGCUCUUUGAUUCAGUCAGUCCGAAUUUUUUCGUCGUGAGUGCCACCAGUUUAGCAAAAGUUUUCGUGUGAGUGACAGAGGGAUCACCACAUCUUCCACACGCAGUUUCGCCUUAUCUCUGCAUCAGCAGCAACAAACUAUUGUGCGACUCAAGAGAGAUAAGUGACCAUUACCAGACAGAUAGAGAAAAUGGCCGAGGCCCCAAAGAUUGAGCUCUUUGUUAAGGCCAGCGUCGAUGCUGAAAGUGUGGGGAACUGCCCUUUUUGUCAGAGACUCUUCAUGAUUCUUUGGUUGAAGGGCGUCAACUUUACUCUCACCACCGUGGACAUGAGGAGGGCACCGGAUGUGCUAAAAGCUUUGGCUCCAGGCUCUCAGCCACCCUUCCUCAUUUACAAUGAGGAAGUGAAAACGGACACAAACAAGAUCGAGGAGUACCUGGAGGAGAACUUGGCCCCACCUCAGUAUCCAAAAUUGUGCUGUCGAUACAAAGAGUCCAAUGGUGCUGGAGACGACAUCUUUAGGAAAUUUUCCGCAUAUAUUAAGAAUCCCAACCCUGGGUUAAAUGACAUGCUGGAGAAAAAGUUUCUUUCAACUCUGGUAAAGCUGAACAUGUACCUUGAGACGCCUCUCCCUCACGAGUUGGACCAGAAUCCAAAUGCCAAUGAGUCUUCCAGGAUCUACCUGGAUGGUGACUCCUUCACCUUGGCAGACUGCAACUUGCUUCCCAAACUCAACAUUGUAAAGGUUGUGUGUAAGCAGUAUAGAAACUUUGACAUCCCUUCAGAGUUGAAAGGCCUGACCCGUUACCUGGAAAAUGCCUACAAACAAGAUCCGUUCCGCUACACCUGCCCAAAUGAUUCAGAGAUUCUCAUUGCCUAUUCCUCUGUUGCCAAAUACUUGAACAAAUAGAGAGGGAGGGAGUGAUGACAAAGCAUGCAUGAGGUCAAAGGAUUGAAAUGUAGAUAACAUUAUCCAAAUGUGUCUGAUAACUGAGAAAGUGUCUGAUAACUUUUUGAAUUAUGAGCAUUGAUGUACCCAGAGUUUGCAGUUACAUAUAAGAAUUGCCUUAUAUAUAUAUUUUUUUGUCUGUCAUGUGUGCAGUUGUACUAAUGUAGAAUUGUUUUCCAGGCCUAUUGCAUUAUUUUUUAAUGUGCAUGCAAGUGUUAAAAGAAAACAUAAUAGUAACAUUUGAGAUUUCUUAAAAUCUUUGGUUUCUAUUCUAGACAUAAAUAUAACAUUCAUAUAGAUUGUUUUGAUUGGAAAUUAGCCCUUUACAUCCGUCUGUUUUUUUUAAACUUCAUUUGUGAAUCACAACUUUCAGUGGUGAUACAGCUGGUUUUAGCAUUUAUAUUAUAUUAUUUAACUGAACGAAAUUAGGUGAAACAAAAGAGAAAAAUGUAUGGUCAAUAUUAAACACUUCAUUUGCAGGUUU